CAACGAUGCGAGCCAGCAUAGCAUCGUACUACACGAGGUGGGAGAACCAACUUUAGGAAUGUUUCGCCCGGCCGCUUCACUGUCUCGGCGCUCCUGAAACUCGCCUCUCUAUGUCUGGCCACGCUGAGAACACAAGCCUUCGACGAGCAAUAAAUUGUAGAAAGGUGGCGUCCCGUGGGCGCUGGGGGGCAUGGCGGUAGAAGAGCCUCCGAUGAGAGAGGACGCAGCACAGGUGGCCCCGUGCCAGCACCGUGAGGGGGUGCCUGGAGGGGGAGCCACCCCUCCGGGGGCUCUGACCCCUCGCGGACCGGCACCCCUGCUCCCCGACGGCACUGCCAAGGGUGGAGGCGGUGUAGGAGGCACUGACGACGAGCUCACCAACCUCACCUGGCUGCAGGAGGCAAACCUGCUGCGCAAGUUAGCCGGGCCACCGUCUUCGUCGACCAACCACCAGGGGAACGGGACGAUAGCCACGGCCACGGGCAGCCGGAGUUCUAGCAGCACGACAUCGGCCACCUCGGUGGGCGAGGACGACGAGUCCCGAGAGUGGGGACCCCCGGGGCAGGUGGCCUACAACCCCCAGGUGCACGUGACAUCGAAGCCCCCGUACUCGUUCAGUUGCCUCAUCUUCAUGGCGAUCGAGGAGUCAGCCGGCAAGGCCCUUCCCGUCAAGGACAUCUACGCCUGGAUCCUGGGCCACUUCCCCUACUUCCAGCGGGCCCCCACAGGGUGGAAGAACUCGGUCCGGCACAACCUCUCCCUCAACAAGUGCUUCCGCAAGGUCGACAAGGACAAAGGACAGAACAUUGGCAAGGGAUCCCUGUGGUGCAUCGACCCAGAGUUCCGGCCAAACUUGCUGCAGGCAAUGCGCAAGACGCCCUGUUUUCCCUACACUCACCUCAACUGGGCAGCCCCUUCGACACCUCACUCAGUGCCUUCUCAAGACGAUGGUGAUAAAGCCUCGUCUCCAGACCCAUCUCAAGCCCAGAACAAUGUUCCGUCACCCACACUCUUCCCCUUCCUGUCGAAGAGGCUUGCCGCAUCUUCAACGAAAGAUCAGGACGUUGACGCCGCUGCCGCUGCAAUGUUGGCGCUGCAGAAUGUGACCAGUAUCCUGCCUCCAUUGAGUGGCGAGGAAGACGAAGAGGAAGAAAAUGAUGGCUACCAGGCCUCGCCUCCAAGCCCGGUCAUGUUCACAAAGAAACACCUCAGGCUACGAAAUCGCAGCAGCGAGGCGGCCCAGACUCCGGGCAGUGCCAAUACGACAGUGAUCACGAGCAGCCCGAGCGAGGAUCACACGUACAGUGCCUCGCUCUUGAACGGCCUUGGUGGGGAUUCGACCGAUGCCUUGUACAAUGUCUCCAUCUCACUGGCUCGAACGACGGUGAUACCGUCAAUAAAGAAGGAGCCAGCCGAGCAAGACGACAAUCUCCAGGAGGAGAACAGCAACGGUAGUGGCGGUUCUGGCAGCUGUGGCGGAGGACUCGGCCGUCUUCCGCUAUCAUCAGUGCCUCCGCGCAAGCGGAGGGCUGCCCUGGCGGCGGCGGCGGCACUCCCGCGCAAGUCAAAACGUCAAGCGAACAGCGUGACUUCCGCACGCAGCCGGAGCGGUGGCAGCUCUGCCAUGGCUUGCAUUGCUUCCUCGUCAUCGGUGACAAACAGCAAUAGCAGCAGGGAUGUCGAAGACAUGGCGGAAGGUGCAGCCCACGCACUUCUCAACCUGGCGAAGGUGGCGACCAGCCAGCAGCAACUGAUGAUGCAAAGCAAGAAUUCUCUGGUCGGGGGCGUGAGGGAGCGGCGGUGAGAGCCUGCAGUCAAGUGAAAUGAACCCCCUGGAUGUUGAAAACUUCGGUACAUUUUACCAUUUCAAAGCAGAGGGAGGAUUUAGCUGUUCUUUUAUUUUAUCGUUGUGAUGUGGUGGUGGCAGAGCGAGUUUCCCCGAGACAGUGUUACGUGUUAUUCUCGGACGACACGGCUGCUUUUUGGCAACCAGAACGUGCGGCGAUCGUUGAAUUGUUGUUGUUCUGCUCCUUACACAAUGAUUUUAGCCGUCUCGUCUUUUUUUUUUCUUGUUGGCAUUCGAAGCACGGGUGUUUCGAACGUGCAUUCCUUAACGAAGCUGCACGUGUGGCGUUUCACAGUGCGCUGUACCUUUAAUUACUGAUGAUUGGCCCCUCUUGUUGCCGAGAUCGCAGCAAAAUGCAAAGCUUUUGCUCGUUAAAGGGAAUGCCAAUUUGUAAUGCUCGUCAGCUCGGUUGGAAGAAUUCAAGCGCACGACAGAAGUGCCGAAGCCGUAGUGCUGGGCACUAGAGCAAUAGAUCUACCGCCGAACGUCUGCCGUGGGAAGCACGAAGCAAAUACUGUUCAGUUCAGUGCGCACAUACUUGUUUUCACUCGCUAACAAACUAUUGCAUUAAGAUUUAUCUUUGCAAUUUGCUUUCGCUUGUCUAUUCCUUUCUCUGUGCCAGCGCAGCGAAGUGGUAGAACUUUUUGCGAUCUUUCAGAGGUCGAAGCACGACUUAUUUCUGCAUCGGUGGCACGCUUUGUGUUCUCUGCUUUUUCGUUUUUUGCUUGAGAACCUUCCAUAUUUUGUCUGUUUGCGCUCAAGUAGCAGCUUCGUUUCAUUGCAAAUUGCCAGAUCAGCUCUCUGCUUUUGUGGCUUAUUCCCGUGAAUUAAUUACACUUUAUGUGUCAUGUGAAAAAGUACUGGCGCUGGGGCUUCGCCGUGUGGCAUCUUUAUUAUCUGUUCGUCUUCCCUCUGUUAUCUUACAUUAGAAACAGAAACGGGAAAGGGGGGAUCGCAGGGGAAAGUACAUCAUCUGCACAUCCUGUCUGUUCUCAUCAGAUACUUGCUAGGAGUGCAUUUGCAAGAAUGGUUCCAUCAGAACUCAGUUUCAAUAGAUUAAAGUACGCAAUGCAUAGAAACUAAGUCUGCAAAUUGGUUCUUGCUGUUUUCGCUCUUUGAUGUGCAUAAACUAUGAAAUUUCACUUGUGCAACUUUAUAAGGAAGAAAGAAGUUUGUGGAAGCUGGCUUGUCGCCGCUUGACAAGCCUAACAGUCUAACAAUUAUUUUCUGCGUAUGUGUUCCCCAAAACUUUUGUGUGUCUAGUUAUUUAUAGUAGCGAGUACAGCGUGUCCUGGCUAUUAGCUCAGACAGUGGGGUCAUUGGACUCUGGAAAUUCACAAAAUUAUGGUGGCAAUAGUAUCUCAACAAAAAUACACCUUUAGGACGUUAAUAAGUAUGCAUUUUGCUUCUUUAAGGGUGUAUAUCAGGCUUCCCUAAAGAGGCAUAAUUUUGUUUGAGUGGUGGAGUUUUUUUUUUUUUUUUUUUUUUACUCCUCCAAAGGCAGUGGCAAAAUGUUUUUUGUACUGCUUCUUCAGCUCAGGCGUUUUGAGAGCCGGCAUUUGCAAUUUCUUUUAGCACAAUGCUCCUUUGUUUUUUUUUUUUUUCUUGUUGGCAUUCGAAGCACGGGUGUUUCGAACGUGCAUUCCUUAACGAAGCUGCACGUGUGGCGUUUCACAGUGCGCUGUACCUUUAAUUACUGAUGAUUGGCCCCUCUUGUUGCCGAGAUCGCAGCAAAAUGCAAAGCUUUUGCUCGUUAAAGGGAACGCCAAUUUGUAAUGCUCGUCAGCUCGGUUGGAAGAAUUCAAGCGCACGACAGAAGUGCCGAAGCCGUAGUGGUGGGCACUAGAGCAAUAGAUCUACCGCUGAACGUCUGCCGCGGGAAGCACGAAGCAAAUACUGUUCAGUUCAGUGCGCACAUAAUUGUUUUCACUCGCUAACAAACUAUUGCAUUAAGAUUUAUCUUUGCAAUUUGCUUUCGCUUGUCUAUUCCUUUCUCUGUGCCAGCGCAGCGAAGUGGUAGAACUUUUUGCGAACUUUCAGAGGUCGGAGCACGACUUAUUUCUGCAUCGGUGGCACGCUUUGUGUUCUCUGCUUUUUCGUUUUUUGCUUGAGAACCUUCCAUAUUUUGUCUGUUUGCGCUCAAGUAGCAGCUUCGUUUCAUUGCAAAUUGCCAGAUCAGCUCUCUGCUUUUGUGGCUUAUUCCCGUGAAUUAAUUACAUUUUAUGUGUCAUGUAAAAAAGUACUGGUGCUGGGGCUUCGCCGUGUGGCAUCUUUAUUAUCUGUUCGUCUUCCCUCUGUUAUCUUACAUUAGAAACAGAAACGGGAAAGGGGAGAUCGCAGGGGAAAGUACAUCAUCUGCACAUCCUGUCGGUUCUCAUCAGAUACUUGCUAGGAGUGCAUUUGCAAGAAUGGUUCCAUCAGAACUCGGUUUCAAUAGAUUAAAGUACGCAAUGCACAGAAACUAAGUCUGCAAAUUGGUUCUUGCUGUUUUCGCUCUUUGAUAAGCAUAAACUAUGAAAUUUUACUUGUGCAACUUUAUAAGGAAGAAAGAAGUUUGUGGAAACUGGCUUGUCACCGCCUGACAAGCCUAACAGUCUAACAAUUAUUUUCUGUGUAUGUGUUCCCCAAAAUUUUUGUGUGUCUAGUUAUUUAUAGUAGCGAGUACAGCGUGUCCUGGCUAUUAGCUCAGACAGUGGGGUCAUUGGACUCGGGAAAUUCACAAAAUUAUGGUGGCAAUAGUAUCUCGACAAAAAUACACCUUUAGGACCUCAAAAAGUAUGCAUUUUGCUUCUUUAAGGGUGUAUAUCAGGCUUCCCUAAAGAGGCAUAAUUUUGUUUGAGUGGUGGAGUUUUUUUUUUUUUUUUUUUUUACUCCUCCAAAGGCAGUGGCAAAAUGUUUUUUGUACUGCUUCUUCAGCUCAGGCGUUUUGAGAGCCGGCAUUUGCAAUUUCUUUUAGCACAAUGCUCCUUUGUUUUUUUGUUUUUUCUUGUCCUGCUGUAUUUUAAUCACCUAAAAACACGUACUAGAGUGCAUCUCUGAGCCGAAGUUUUUUUUUUUAAUUUCCGUUUUUCCCCACCCUAUUUCUUAAGCAACCAUAUCUGGCGAAUUGGCAGGUUCUGCAUUGCAGUGAUUGUUCAUUUUAGUUAGCAUCAGAACUGUGAGUUCGAGGCUAGCACUUGAAAUUUUUUUAGCCUGUUAGUGUGCUUUUCCACGCUGCUAAGAUGCGGAGGAGCGGUAUUUUCCAAGUAAAAUCACCACUGACUGAACUUCACACACGUUAAGUUGCCGCACUUGCUGACCAAAACUCGCGCGGUUAAGAUCGAUUGAAUGAAGAGCUUUGCGUGUACUUUUGCAGUCUAUAACUUAAUAUCGUGCUUUAAUUGUCAUGCAGUUAAUUUUAUUUCCUUAUUCGCGGCUUACGUUGGUUUUUUAUCGCUUAACAGUCGUGCAGAUUUCUUGCGGUCUCAUUCAUUCGCCUCUAUCUUUUGUGAGUACGUUCUGAAGAACAUCAUUUUGUUUUUUACUCGUGUUUAUCGUAGACAUCAAGGAUUUCUGGCACCCCGUUUAUAAUUUGUUGUGUUUGAAGGAGUUGUCGUGCGCUUUCUCUUUCAUUCAGGGCUUGUAGGUGUCUCUUCCGGCAAGCCUUCACUGGCAGAGCUUGUUACAUUGGACACUUCUUCAUUUGCUCAGGUCCAUUGAAAGUGGUCUGUAGUUUUGAUUUGUAACAAUAUUCCAGUUUUCCCUUCUCUCAUCGCUGUUUUCUACGAUGCACGUCUGUGACAGACUACUUGAUACUAGAACAAUGCAAGACGCGAGUGUGCGAGGCAUGCCACGUUUCUAACCUUCCUUUUCUUCCUUGCAGUGGCCUUUGAUUUCAAAGGCAAAAAAAAAAGAUUAAAAGGCAAUAAUGUGCACUCGCACAAUGACGUUCUAAAUGCAACAAAAAAAAAAGGAAGCACGUUGUUCUCUGGAGAUUUCAAAGGCAUGUGUUAGAAGUGUAGCAGCCUGUACAUAGGGCUGUCCAGGGCCACUGAUGCACUGCGUCACCUAGUGACAAAGUGGCGUCGCUAGCCCGUCAAUCAAUCGUUGGGAAGCGUUCACUAUGAUUAAACGUGGUCGUGCGUUUUGUCGUGACUCCCCGCUGCGAAAUUGCAAUUGCAUGCGAGGCGGUUAGUCGUAAAAAAGUUCAAUUCGCUUCUCAUUCUGUGAGCCUCAUAAUCUCUGUUCAUUGAAAAUUGGAACGAAUAGAUAUAGGCAAAUGCUCAUUAAAUUUCCGUGCAAGCGUUGUACGCACGGAGAAG